AUGCCAAGUUUACAAAAGAUAGCCAUCAUAGGUGCUGGAUGGUACGGAGUCCACACCGCUUUAGAAUUGAAAGCAGAUAAUCCAAGCCGAGAUAUUUUCAUUCUUGACAAAGAAGAGGACAUAUUCCGGGGAAUAUCUGGAAUGUUUGGAAUCAGACUUCACGCUGGACCACACUAUCCUCGUUCAGAAAAGACAAGAAGAGACUGCCAGCUAGGCCUAAAGAAAUUCCAAAAAUUCUAUCCAGAAUUAAUCAACGCCAACCACGUAUCUAUAUACCUGUUGGGAGACAAAGACUCUGAUGGCUGUGAACCCAAGGUACCGAAAUCACUUUUUAAGAGUGUCUGCGAAGAAUAUUGUUUUCGGCGGGAAAUAGACCCAAGGGAAUUUGGCUUUACAAAUGUAAAUUACGGGGCUAUCAUAGACGAGCCAACAGCAAAACUGGGACAACCUCUGAGAACUUAUUUUAAGAACCGCUUAUUAUCGAGCAGGAUUCCAACUCUAUUAAACUUUCUUGUUUUGGAUGUUCAGAAAACACCGGAAGGAAUGAUGGUCACUGGUUUGCAAAAUGGAGCACAAAGGAAGAUUUUCUGCGAUGUUGUCAUUCACGCUAAUAGCUAUCAGUCUCUUUUGCCCAAAAAAUUACCUUUCGCUCUCAAAAUGAUCUAUCAACCCUGUUUGGGUCUACAGUAUAGGUAUAAAGGUAAGGGAAAACCGGUUAUUUUUAUUAUUAUGGAUGGUGCUUAUCCAUGUUUGAUGCCAUUCUUUGAAGAAGAAGAUUCACAGAACUAUGUGAUGACGCAUGGCAAAUGGACUAUUUUGGGUACGUUCACAUCUGCGGAAACAGCGCAUGAAAAACUGCGUUCACUGACAGAUUAUUUCGUUGAAACGAUCAUCAAGGAAAAUUGCGAGACAGAGAUGAGACGAUUUUAUUUGGCAUUUUUUGACGAAUUCGAAUAUAUUGGAUGGAAAGCAGCAGUAUUGGCAAAGCCGGCUGUCUCCAGUGAGUUUCGAAGUGCUGUCACUUUCAGAGAAAACAAUGUUAUUUAUAUCACUCCCGGCAAAAUUACUAACAUUUUUGAAGUUGCUGAUGAGGUCAGAUCUUUUCUGGCCACUAACAACGGCUGCAAAACUCUUCGAGAACAGAGUUUUAGCAUUUUGAAAAACGGUAUUUUAGAUAGAGCUUUAUCUGAAAUUAGCGCAUCAACACUAAAUGAACGCAGCACAGCAAGACUUCAACCCUACCAAACAUUAUUGGAGGCCCAACCAAAGUUAGAAAUACUUGAUGUUAACCCAGCUCUCAUGCAAAGAUGUAUAAAAGUAUGA